CGGCCUUCCCUUGAUGCUUUCUUCCUGUCUUACUAUCGUUGUAGAUUGACGCUCAUUUUCGCAUUUCCUAUCGUCUAGUCCUGACUACUGUUUCGUUCUCUUUGCUGUGCAAAUCUGUGUCUGCUUCGACCUGACCGAUCCACUUCCAGAGCCGCCUCCACACGUACGGCUGACGAUACUCGACGAAGCUACUCACCUGAUCUGCUCCUAUGGCAAGCCCUGCCCACUGCCUAUACUGCUUUGAAAUUCUAUCUGCGAGUUUUGAACGCCGAGAUCCACCUACCCUUCAGAGAAUCCUGGACUUGUACGAACAGUACAGAUCAGAUAACGCCCCUGAUGCAGACGCCGUACUAGAAGGUCAUGAAGAGGCUGACAUAGACAUUGAUCUUGCGGCAGAAGAGUCGGAAGACGAAGCAGAGGAUGAGGAGGAAGAAGACCACAUACAGGAGGAGAGGCGCCGCCCUGAACUGUCCAGCAUAUCCCGGCUGAAGGCGUCAACAUCCUCUUCCAGGUCAUCCUCAACUUCGUCACCCUCCAUACUCUCUGCCACAUCCUCCAAUUCACAGUUAACCACUCCUUCAAGCCUAACGUCCAUCACGCCACCGCAGCCAUCUUACGCCUCACGACUUUCCGUCACCGAUUCAUUUCCACUCUUCGUCACAUGGAACACAAUCUCCAGGUCCGGCCACAAGUCCCUGCGCGGCUGCAUAGGUACAUUCGAGGCCCUCCCUCUGGCCUCUGGACUGUCUACAUAUGCUCUGACAGCCGCCUUUGACGACACGCGCUUCUCGCCCAUCCCGGCUUCACUGCUACCUGCGCUCUCGUGCUCAUUGACAUUGCUCGCCGAUUUCGAGCCCUGCAAGGAUGCCAUGGACUGGACACUCGGCCUACAUGGCUUAAGAAUCAGCUUUACACACCGUAACCGACGGCAUGGCGCUACUUAUCUGCCCGAUGUGGCCGUGGAGCAGGGCUGGACUAAAGAGGAGACAGUCGAAAGCCUGAUGAAGAAGGCAGGAUGGGACGGAGGAUACGGACAUGGUGUUGCCAGACGGCUGCUUAGAGGGUCUGCUAGAGGCACCGAGGCGCAGAACUCGAAGCCGUGGGAUGAUGUGCAGGACUUCAAAGCCGUGCGAUAUACGGGGCUGAAGGCCAGUGCCAUGUAUGAUGAGUGGCAGCAGUGGAGGGCAUGGAUUGAGAAGAAGUAGGAGGUUCACAAACAAGAAUACGGUAACGGUCUUAUUCACCCCGGGAAGCUUUCCCACCCAGCGAGGUACUUUGGCGCGUAUUGUCCCUGGAGACGGGAAAGAGCAGUGGGCACAGCAGUCAAGAGCAAAGCAUGGGGAAAUACAGAGGCUGGGAAUGUUGGGCCAGAGGGAGGGCAGUCGACAAUGCCCGGGUUUACACAUUAUUCAGGCCCGCCUUCAAUUGACGGCUCGUCCAUUAGCCGAACACUUAUCUCAUCUCCCUGGCCCAGUCUCAAAGAUUACCAUCACGUUCUCACAACAGGACGUGUUGCGAGGGUAGAAACUACUGGAAAGAAGCUUCCGAAGCUUCACUCAUUCUCUUCCUCGCAUGAUCUUGAGCAUGUUGCUGGUUCUGGACAUCGUGCAGCGCCAGUGCUCGAGACUCUACGUGUGUUAGCCUUCUCUUGGGAUAACGUGCCUGUCUCGCGAAAGGCAGCAUACUUCAUUUCAGCAACGAAGUCGGCUCUAGACCUGUGGGACGACGAGGAAUCGGCGGAAGUCUUCACUCGACCAGGAGGACGUAUUCGUAUAUUCUGUCAGAUACUCCUACGCACGUAUCUGGAUCUUGGUCAAAUGCUGCCGUGUCCUUCCCACAGCACCUGGCCGAGGUUCGACGUAGCACAUGCUGCAACUUCAAUGUCGCUGCUCCCGUCAUACAACUGUAGAUGUAAGCACCGAACAAGUUACAGAGGUG